AAAACGCAGAAACCGUCAAAAAGCAACACAACUAAAAUAUGGGCUGAUGGCAGCUGAAUAUGAUAUAUGAAUAUGAGAAGAAAGUGAUCUCUCGUCAUAAAACGAGUCCAUUCUAUUCCGGUCCGCGUUCUCCCGCGUGAAAGAAUCACAUGACAGACAGAAAGCUUCUUUCAAGCCUAAUAGCGUGCACACAGUUGCGUUCUACGUUCUUAAUCCUCAACCUGACUCGGUGUAAAGAAGAGAUUGAACGUAAUAAGGAUGCUUUCCGCGACACUUUGGAGAAUAAGAGCUGUAAACCAAACUGAGAUUUGAUGAACGAUCGAAGCGAACAAAAGUAAACUGGGCCAUAUAGUGCUAAUAGCUACUUGCGGGCUCAUAUUUCUAGCAACGCACAUGCUCUGGGACGCUAUCGUGUUUCCACCUUCUCAGCGUUUUCGUCUGGAAAGGUGAAAACGAUCCGAAUAAGCCUCGUGUAGACGCUUAUUUUGUUUUUCUUUCUUUUUUUCUUUCUUUUUUUUUCUUUGAAACAAUUGAAAAAACUCUUCAUUUUCAAAAGUGACGGGCUGUGUGGACGGGGCAAACAAUACGAAGCAAUCAGAACAGCUAUUAAUAGAACAGAAGAGAACUACAUAACAAUGAAGAUAUUUAGGCUAUAUUUUUCAUUCAUCCCUAAUUUUUUGUCCCUUUCGUUUCCCCAAAUUAAUUUUCAAUACUCCCCUAUUAUUUUCUUCUGACUCUUAAAUUAGUAAUUUGAUUGUCUUUGUAUGGUUUUAAAUCACACAAGAAAAGUAGUGGCUAGAUAUUUCGUGGCAUGGAUCGAAGCCUCUUAUAUUAAAAUUGCUUCAGGCAAUUUAUUCACAGUUCACAUAUGAUGGCUUAUCUAAAUUGUACCACCCGCUGCCAGAAAUCUACUACUUCCAAUUACCUUAUGGGGGUGCAUUAUGGGCGAAAAAUAAAAACAAAUGAACCAUCUUGCUUAUUCAAAGCGUUAUCGCUAAUUCAACAAAAAUAAUGUUAAUCAGAGAUGACACUUGCUGUUGUCAACUUUGUGGCAACCCCUUCAUAUUUCGACGGAGUAUUCUCGAAAAUGUUAAUUAGCACCUUAUAAGUUAUUAACGCGAAACGGCGUAAACAGAUAGCGAGAGUAAAACUUAGAGGUCGCCAGUAAGGGCUAAUAAGAGAGACAUCGGAAAUAUCAAAUUGGCGGCGCAACUGUAAUUAUGCGGGCAGCGAACUAGUGCAUUAGGUCGAUGUACGCUCUUUUCAUGUGCGAGUCAGGCCUCGCUCUGUGCCUAAGGAAGUCAAUACGUUUAUAAGCUCUGACGCUGGAAAGGAACAGCACCAGUAAAACACUGCGGCCAUUCCUCAGAUUUAACCUUGUAGCGUGCGUCGUUCAAAAAUGCUAGAAACGGCGAUGUCUUGGUUUUAUAUUAUUGGGUGGAUUGCCAGCGGCGUCGCAAUCUUUGGAAACGGCUUGGUUAUGUUUAUUAUCAUCUCAAGGACGCAGUUACACGUGCUACCAAACUGGUUUGUCCUGUCGCUCUCAUUGGCUGAUUUUGUUGUUGGUCUUGCUAUCGUUCCUACAGAUUUCGUCUGUAGAAAUUGUGUCCUCUCAUCGAUGUGCACGUGUAAAAUAGGUUAUACCAUAGCCGUACUAGCGAUAUAUGCUUCUGUGGCUAACUUGUGUGCUAUGACAGCUGAUCGCUACAUCGCCAUUAUCAAGCCUUUGAGGUAUGUUACGUGGAUGACUUCGCGUCGAGCAGCUUUCCUCGUGGCUUUAGCUUGGAGUAUUCCCAUUACUCUCGACUCUAUUCCAGCGUUAUGCACGGCUUUGGGCAAAUGUGACAUGGAAGACAAAUCUCUCAUCUUUAGCAAAAUGAUUUUAUUGGAGAUUCUUCCUUGUUUGUUUCUGCUAGUAGCUACGAUUCAAAUAAUCAUAACUGCCAGAAGAUACUGGCUGCAAAAUGCUCGUCUCCAUGCUCAGCUGCGAUUUAAUCAAGUCAGUCACCGACAACCAAGAUAUUUCUCAUCUGCUAGAGUCAUCAUAAUAGUACUCGUAGUUUUUCUGACCUGCUACUGCGUCGAGCUGUACAGCGUUAUUCGUUUUCUUGUCAACUCUUCGAAGCCAACACAAGAGGUUAUAAAUGCCAUUCUUUUGCUAGCCGUUGUUAAUUCGUCUGCAAACCCGAUAGCUUAUGCUUUGUUCAAAAGAGACAUUCGAAGGGAACUCAAAAUCUUGUGCAGACCAUGUGCAUCAAGGCCUGCAAGAUAUGACUUAAACAACGCAGUGCAAUCACAUUUGGUCAACCAAUCUCGGGAUUCGCGCGGCAUUCGACAAAACAAAGCUGCGUCAGCAGGGACUAAUAAAGGCCCCGCCACGGUCCACACAACGCCGGAGGAAUUUGAAAACGGAGGUUUCGCUCUGAAAACGCAUCAAAUGUUUUUCGUCCACACCACAACGGAUGAAUUACAAAAAUCAACAGUCAUCGGUCAUUUUGGGUUUGUGUCUCAGCAAGACCCGAUCGGGGAAAUCACGUGA